CCGCCCAUCCCCCGCUGCCCUUUUUUUCCUGGCCGGGCGCGAGGGAGCAUGCCCGGGCCUGGCCUUGGCCAGCGAAGAGUUAAGCCGAGGGGCGUGGAGCGGCCCCUCCUUUGGGGGCGUGCCCCCCUCCCCUGCUAGGCGGCUCUCCCGCCGCGCUAGGGUAUGGCCCCCGGCCCCGGCCCGGGACCCGAGGUCCCGCGCACGGGCCAGUGAAAGACGUCUCCCCGUUCCCGCCCUCCUCAUUCCCUCGCCGGCCAGCACCAUGGGAUGUAAUAUGUGCGUGGUCCAGAAACCGGAGGAGCAGUACAAAGUGAUGCUUCAGGUGAACGGGAAGGAGCUCUCCAAGCUGUCUCAGGAGCAAACCCUGGAGGCCCUGCGCGCCUCCAAGGAGCCCCUGGUGAUCCAGGUGCUGAGGCGCAGCCCCCGCCUGCGGGGGGACAGCUCCUGCCAUGACCUUCAGCUGGUGGACAGUGGCACUCAGACCGACAUCACCUUCGAGCAUAUCAUGGCGCUGGGCAAGCUGCGCCCGCCCACUCCACCCAUGGGCCUCCUGGAGCCGUACGUCCUCUCUGAGCUCCCCCCCAUCAGCCAUGAGUAUUAUGACCCGGCGGAGUUCAUGGAGGGCGGCCCGCAGGAGGCAGACCGUAUGGACGAACUGGAGUAUGAGGAGGUGGAGUUGUAUAAAAGCAGCCACCGAGACAAGCUGGGCCUGAUGGUGUGCUACCGCACAGAUGACGAGGAGGACCUGGGCAUCUACGUCGGAGAGGUAAAUCCCAACAGCAUCGCAGCCAAAGAUGGCCGGAUCCGUGAAGGAGAUCGCAUCAUUCAGAUUAACGGCGUGGAUGUCCAGAACCGAGAAGAGGCAGUGGCCAUCCUGAGCCAGGAGGAGAAUACCAACAUCUCCCUGCUGGUGGCCCGGCCCGAGAGCCAGCUGGCGAAGAGGUGGAAGGACAGUGACCGGGAUGACUUCCUGGAUGAUUUUGGCUCUGAGAAUGAGGGGGACCUUCGUACUAGGAAGCUGAAGUCACCCCCUGCCCAGCAGCCUGGGAAUGAAGAGGAGAAGGGUGCUCCUGAUGGGGGCCCAGGGCUGAGCAAUAGCCAGGAGCUGGACAGCGGAGUGGGCCGGACUGACGAGAGUACUCGCAAUGAAGAAAGCUCCGAACAUGACCUGCUGGGGGAUGAGCCCCCGAGCACCACCAACACCCCCGGAAGCCUGCGUAAAUUUGGCCUGCAAGGGGAUGCCCUGCAGAGCCGGGACUUCCACUUCAGCAUGGACUCCCUGCUGGCCGAGGGGGCGGGGCUGGGAGGAGGUGAUGUGCCAGGCCUCACCGAUGAGGAGUAUGAGCGCUACCGGGAGCUGCUGGAGAUCAAGUGCCAUCUGGAGAAUGGCAACCAGCUGGGCAUCCUCUUCUCCCGGGCCUCCAGUGGCAACAGCGCCCUGGACGUCAACCGCAAUGAGAGCCUGGGCCAUGAGAUGGCCAUGCUGGAGGAGGAGCUUCGGCACCUGGAGUUCAAGUGCCGCAACAUCCUGCGGGCCCAGAAGAUGCAGCAGCUGCGGGAGCGCUGCAUGAAGGCCUGGCUGCUGGAGGAGGAGAGUCUCUAUGACCUGGCGGCCAGUGAGCCCAAGAAGCACGAGCUGUCUGACAUCUCUGAGCUGCCCGAGAAGUCAGACAAGGACAGUACCAGCGCCUAUAACACAGGGGAGAGCUGCCGCAGCACUCCACUGCUGGCAGAGCCCCUGCCCGAGAGUCCCCUGAAGCGAGCCACUGCUGGCAACUCCAACUUGAACCGGACCCCUCCUGGCCCCCCUGUUGCCACCCACCCCAAGGUGGCCCCUACACCUGGGAGCCCUGCCAAGUUCCGAUCCCUCUCCCGGGAUCCCGAGGUGGGCCGGAGACAGCACGCAGAGGAGCGUGUCCGCCGCAGUCCGAAGACUGGGGUGACCCUGGAGCGUGUGGGCCCUGAAGGCAGCCCUUACCUCUCGAGGCGCCACCGUGGCCAGGGCCAGGAGGGCGAGCACUACCACAGCUGUGUGCAGCUGGCCCCGACACGGGCCCUGGAAGAGCUGGGCCAUGGCUCCUUGAGUUUGGCUGGUGGCCCUCGGGUGGGUGGGGUGGUGGCCGCAGCCGCCGAAGCACCCCGCAUGGAGUGGAAGGUGAAGGUGCGCAGUGACGGCACACGCUACGUGGCCAAGCGGCCAGUGCGCGAUCGGCUGCUGAAGGCCCGGGCCUUGAAGAUCCGGGAAGAGCGCAGCGGCAUGACCACUGAUGACGACGCCGUGAGCGAGAUGAAGAUGGGCCGCUACUGGAGCAAGGAGGAGCGGAAGCAGCACCUGAUCCGCGCGCGGGAGCAGCGGAAGCGACGGGAGUUUAUGAUGCAGAGCCGCCUGGAGUGUUUGAGGGAGCAGCAGAAUGGCGAUAGCAAGCCCGAGCUCAACAUCAUUGCCCUGAGCCACCGCAAGACCAUGAAGAAGCGAAACAAGAAGAUACUAGACAACUGGAUCACCAUCCAGGAGAUGCUGGCCCACGGUGCACGCUCAGCUGAUGGCAAGAGGGUCUACAACCCUCUGCUCUCAGUCACCACCGUCUGAGCUGGGGGGGUAGGAGUCUGGCCCAGGCCCAUAGAGCCUCUCAGGCCGGCCCUCACCCUCCCUUAGAAUCUAGUGUGUGUGUCUGCGUGUGUGCUUGCACACUGCAGGCGCACGCUCCUACCUGUCUUUGUGUGUGCACAGGACUUUGUUAACAGAGAAGCCCCGAGAAGAGACACUUGUUUUCCAUCGUCCUUCUCUCCAAGAGACCACGUCGACAGCUGGCAUUGAGGGAACAGCUAUAGUGGACAGCCCUGUGUGUGUG